AAUAUUAAUUCAUAUUCUACAACUCACAACGCUUUUGUAAAGUAUAACAAAACUUUUUACUUCUUGAUUAAUUGAUCAAGAUUUGAAAGAGUGUCUCAUCUUGAUUCCCGUUUAAUAACGUCCAACUUUGAAAUCUAUAUUAUAUCAAACGAAUCUGAUGAGUUAUAUCCUCUGUGACUGAAUUAUCAUGCUAGUCAAGAAAAAUCUGUCACCAAAAUAAAUAUGGCAGUGGUACCCAGAACACAACCAACACCAGUACUUAUUGGCCACAAACAUUGUCGCAGUAGUGGAUCAGAUACGCUGGACGAGAAUUCAGAACUGUAUACGUUGUCACCGUGUGAAAAAACUGAUGACGACUGUGUAGACUAUUCACUUGAAUCAUGCACGUCAGACAUUGAUUUCAAUGAAGAAUUUCAAGCCAGUAGAAGCGAUAAUGCAUUUCCAGAAACAAAACAAUUCCAAGAGCUUUUGAAGAGUUCUAUCGAUGAUCCAAAUAAUAAAUAUAAAGCGGAGACUGUCUUAAUCCAUGCUUUUAAAUUGAUAGAUAAAGAAGACAUUAUAAAGGAUGAUGUUUUGAAACUUGUUAAAGAUAAACGGUUAUUUGAAGCUUUAUAUAACUGCGUCGAGAACCAGGUUGAUGAAUUCAACCCAAAUUGCGUACAACGCACCUUAAUGCUAAGAUCUGGGAUUGAGUAUCUUUGUGAAAACGUUAGUGACUUGAAAAGUUACCUCUCAGAUUUACUUCCAUUAUUCAACAAUACGUUGGAGUGUUGGAAAAACGGAGACUACAUAGAUUAUGAGUAUGUAAUGCCCGACAUUAGUUACCUAAAGCGUCCUGCACAUUUGCAUGAGAAGCAUUCAUGGUGGCUAGAACUAUAAGCCUAAAAAUUGUUAACUGUGCAGUGCUAUAAAUAUCAUAUUGCCGACAGUAAAAUAAAAACGUAAAUUCUUUUACUUUACCAAGAAAACGCUGGUAUAAUCAAUAUUAAUAUAAUUGUUUCGACUUCUAAAUAAAGGUCUAUGCUUUUUAAGCUAAUAAUAAUUAAAACGCAACUGAAGGUUUAAGAGAAAGAAAAAAGCUUUAGUUGUAAUAAAAUAGAACAAUCAUGGCUCUUGAUUGGGAUGACUGGACUAGUGCAGAAAACAUCCAAACAUUAAUUGCAAGCCAUUUGAGACACCAAUAUUGGACAUUUAAGAAAACAGACGAUGUAGAAAAUAUCUUAAAAGACCAACUGACGUUUCUUUUCUGUUCAAAUAGCAGAUGUAAAUACACUGACAACGAAGGUAACAUGUUUAAUAUAAUUGCACAAAAAUGCAGUGUUUAUAUUAAAAUGGAUCUGUGCAUUUCAAUAAUUUACGUAUGUGUAAAAACAAUGCCUGUACCUCCUAAUAAUAUAUUGGUGCCACUAAUAAGACUUAAGUAUCAUUCAGACAAGGGUGUCAAAAAUAUUCACUUUAUAGAUCCAACAGGGAGAGUUUAUAACACAUGGGACGAUUUCAGAAAUGAUAAUAUCUUCAAAGGUUAUGAAAUUUGUUAUCCACGAACUGGAAAAUACACUGAUGAUAUUGAAUGUGAAAUAAAAAAAUGGGAACAAGAUCUAAACUAUACACAUUAUGAUAAAUUACUUAAAGUUGAGUUUGUUUUAAAAUAUGUAGAUCCACUAGUUGAAGAAGGAAUAGAAAUAAUUGGUGAACCAGCAGAUGUAGUCGAAGUCAUAAAAAUGUCUCGCAGCGACAUCAAAAACUUAAAUCUGGAUGGCUUUAAAUUGAAAUUUAUUGCAUUGAUUUAUAGAUACAGGAUUGACUCAAGAUUUGUUAUUAAAAUUAUUCACCGUCUUAAAGAACAGUGUAAUAAUGAUGAUAAAGAUAUUUUCAAUGCUUUACUAGACGGAUUCAUAAAUGUUACCGGGCAGAAACGCGAAAAUCUCGGUAACGCUUAUUUUAUAAUUAAUAUUGGAAGAAUUUGGCAACAAAGUGACAGUUUAAAAGAUAUAAAACUUACAACAAAUAAAAAUAUGUUGCAGCUUGUAUUUACAUCUGACGGAAAAAUGAAGACAAAAUAUCGGAAUAUAAAUAAAAAAGAUGCGUUAUUUACAUUUACAUUUGAUGCAAAAGCAUUUGUUCAAAUAGAAGAGGAAUUUAAGGAUCUUAAAAAAGAUUACCUUAUUCAUAAAUAUAGAUGGAUUUCAGAUGAAACUAUUUUUUUUAAAAUUCGAGAGAUUUGCGCAUUAUUAAAAUGUCCAAGUAUAUUUUUAUUUACAUUAAAUGGAAAGCCAAUAUUCAAUAACAUUAAAAAUAGAGGAAUACAAAAUAUACACACUAAUUCGACUAGGUAUGUCAGCGAUAUUAACAAACCAUUAUUAGAAGAUUACCUCAAUAUUGGAAUUGAAGUGGCAAGUUUAAUUGAUUGUCAAGAUGUACAUGAUUUUUGUGCUGUUUACGAGUUCUUUGUCAUUUAUGUAAAGAAAAAUUUUUUUAAAAAUGUAUUGGAAUUUUUACUUAAUAAAAAUAAAAAGCACGAUUUAAUUAAAGAAAUAAAGGAUGCAAUGGAAAAAUGUGCCCCAGAAAUGAAAGGCAACAUUAAAUUUGGUCAACUUUCUGCAGCAACUCACUUUUUCAAACACAGCAAGGACGUUGAUUGUUUCAAUACAGAAAAGAAAUAUUUUUCAUUAGCUACUGAGAUGACCUCGAGAACCGAUGUGCCAUUUCAUUGGUCACAAGAUGGAACGGAAAAGCGGUAUACGUUUUUCAAAGAUUUGAAAGAUAGUAAGGAAAAAAAAUUAAUUGCAGUUAAAUGUAUACCAGAAAACGGAGCCGCAACAAUAGCUACCUUGCAUAUGGAAAAAAAAGGCCCGUAAAUGAGGAUGGAUCGGACACACGUUAAGAAGAGAAAAAGAAAAAAAUUGCAAAACAUGCUAUGGACUGGAGCCCCCAGGGAAAAAGGAAAGUGGGCUGGCCAAAGAAAACAUGGAAAAGAACGGUUGAGGAAGAGGCAAAAACAGCUGGGCUCGCAUGGGCACAGAUUAAGGGAGCAGCCCAAAAACCGAGUCCGCUGGAAAUGUGUAGUUGCAGCCCUUUGCUCCUCAGAGGCUACAAAGGAAUGAUGGUGAUGAUGAUGAUACGAAAGAAAAAUAAAGUUUUAGUUAGUAAGGAUUGUAACUUGAAAGCUAGGUAUUUUUUAAAAUUAUUAUCUACUAACUUAGCAAUACGUAAUUCUUUACAUAUAAGAUUUCAACUUUUGUUUUUCUUAACUGCAUUAAAACAACAGCAUCUGCAAAAUAAGUUAAAUAACACUUUGUUUUUGGCCUAGUCCUGUAUCAUCAAAAACAUUGUAUUAAAUAAUAAUUUACGAAUAGACUUACCAAAUUUUAACCCACAAGUUUUGACUACAUAUUCUAUAUCGAAAUCUAUAAGUGAAACAAUGUUGUAUUAUAACCUUUUUUGUGAGCGAUUAUUAUUGGAAAGAAAAAAGUCAGUUUCUCAGUUUCAAAGAAAUGUUUUCAUACCUAUAAUUAAAAACUGUUUGUGUUAUGUUUUUUUGUUUUGUGUUAAAAUAAGAUGAAUAUAUGAAAUUACUUAGAAUUUAGUCGCUUUCUCUUAACCGCUAUUUCGUG